AAUCAUACCGAGACUGCAGAUCAACUCAGCCUCUGUGUAUUCAUCAACGAACAGCUGUCUAGAAUUGGGCUCUCUCUCCACUGCCAUCGCCGCUCUCACCUGAUGUGCCAAAUAAGCCUUCAUCGGCGCCUUCUUGAUCCUGAAUAUUAAAGCGGCGCUCUUCUUUCUUCCAAUCCUCGUCGCUUCGCCUCCCGAACAAGCAGUCGCGGCCCACACACUUUCUUGUGACAUCGUUCUAGUCCUUCUUCAACUUCACCUCUCCACGAACUUUCCAACACUUCCGUCUUUGAAAAGUCUUUUAUCGGCCACGAAUCUCCUUCGUGACCUUCUGUAUCCUCUGCCAAUUCUCUCGAUAUUAUCAUCGCGAGAACCUCACACCGCCAUAUCCCACAAACACUUCCUUUUUAUUGACGCCCAGUCGUAAUCGCCAACCAUGGAAGAAGAAGUCGCAGCCCUCGUUAUUGACAAUGGUUCUGGAAUGUGCAAGGCCGGUUUCGCCGGUGAUGAUGCUCCUCGAGCUGUCUUCCCAUCCAUUGUCGGUCGUCCUCGCCACCAUGGUAUCAUGAUCGGUAUGGGUCAAAAGGACUCCUACGUCGGUGAUGAGGCACAGUCCAAGCGUGGUAUUCUCACUCUGAGAUAUCCUAUUGAGCACGGUGUUGUCACCAACUGGGAUGACAUGGAGAAGAUCUGGCAUCACACCUUCUACAACGAGCUUCGUGUUGCCCCUGAGGAGCACCCAGUUCUUCUCACCGAGGCCCCAAUCAACCCCAAGUCGAACAGAGAGAAGAUGACCCAAAUCGUUUUCGAGACCUUCAACGCCCCCGCAUUCUACGUCUCCAUCCAGGCUGUCCUGUCCCUCUACGCUUCCGGUCGUACCACUGGUAUCGUUCUUGAUUCUGGUGACGGAGUUACCCACGUCGUCCCCAUCUAUGAAGGUUUCUCCCUCCCCCACGCUAUUGCCCGUGUCGAUAUGGCUGGUCGUGAUCUUACCGACUACCUGAUGAAGAUCUUGGCUGAGAGAGGUUACACUUUCUCUACCACUGCCGAGCGAGAAAUCGUCCGUGAUAUCAAGGAGAAGCUCUGCUACGUCGCUCUUGACUUCGAGCAAGAGAUCCAAACUGCAAGCCAAUCUUCCAGCUUGGAGAAGUCCUAUGAACUUCCUGAUGGACAAGUUAUCACCAUUGGUAACGAGCGUUUCCGUGCUCCAGAGGCACUCUUCCAGCCAUCUGUCUUGGGUCUUGAAAGCGGUGGUAUCCACGUCACUACCUUCAACUCCAUCAUGAAGUGUGAUGUCGAUGUCCGUAAGGAUCUCUAUGGUAACAUUGUCAUGUCCGGUGGAACGACCAUGUACCCAGGUAUCUCCGACCGUAUGCAGAAGGAAAUCACUGCUCUUGCACCAUCCUCCAUGAAGGUCAAGAUCAUUGCUCCUCCCGAGCGAAAGUACUCCGUCUGGAUCGGUGGUUCCAUUCUCGCCUCCCUGUCUACCUUCCAGCAAAUGUGGAUCUCAAAGCAAGAGUACGACGAGUCUGGACCUUCCAUCGUCCACCGCAAGUGCUUCUAAGGUGUGCAUUAUCAGUAUCUGCUCUUUGUGUGUUGAGACUGACAAUCCUCCAAAGCAUCCUGCAGACAAUAUGUGUGUACGUCACGAACUUCACGAAUAUGAUCAAGACGAAGACUCGAGCAAAGCAUCAAUUCCCGUUUUGCUGUCCCACGACGUGUUUACAUUCCGAAAAGUUCUGGUAGCG